ACAUGGCCCUCAACAAAGUAAGAGGAAAUCAUCACCUCAAAUAUGUACAAGUGUGUGAUUGUGAGCCGCAUGCUGUCACACUCUUGAAAUGUCAGUUCUGGCCAGGGUCACCAGCAAAUUCCACCAUAGGAUUGAGCUUCAAACUGAUGGAGUUUGUGGAGAAUGUCUUUCUUCAUUGUCAAGUGUCCCUGCUAAACAUCACAGAAGUGAUCACAGAACUCAGUCCUCAGCUACAACCAACACAUGUAUUUCAUGCAUCAGUACAAGCAUUGUACAAACUACAAUGGAAAUUUGUACAAUAGAGCUUGGUGUCCUUUAUGUCCAAGGGAUGAUGGUGAACUCAUUGAAAGCAUGGGUGGGUGCUUUGGAUUGUGUAGAAAAAAGGACAAAGGGCAUGAUUUAGGAACACCCAAACAUGGAACACUCCUAUUUGCAGACCACGAUGAUGUUGACAAUUUUGUUAACAGUUAUGGCAAAGCUGGAGCAGACAUGGAACA